UAGCCCACGGGUGUCAAACUGGUGGUCCUCCAGCUGCUGCCAAACUACAAGUCCCAUGAGGCAUUGCAAGAUUGACAGUUACAAGCAUGACUCCCAAAGGCAGGGGCAUGAUGGGACUUGUAGUUUCACAACAGUUGGGGUUUGACACCCCUGAGUUAGCCACUGCCCAUAGAAUCUCAGGGGUGUCAAACUGGCGGCCCUCCAGCUGUUGUGAAACUACAAGUCCCAUCAAGCCUCUGCCUUUGGGAGUCAUACUUGUAACUGUCAAUCUUGCAAUGCCUCAUAGGACUUGUAGUUUGGCAACAGCUAGAGGGCCACCAGUUUGACACCUGUGCCAUAGAUGGAUCAAAAUUUGGCUGGC